GACUCAAGCAGUAAGAGCACCUGCUAGCAAGCAUGAGUUCAAAUCCUAGUGCUUCCAAAAAGGAAAAAAAAAAAAAUAUGAUGGUUUAGACUGGAUAAUGGCAGUGAGUUGGACUUGAGCAGUUGAUUAGAGGUUAGGUGAAUUGGUGGUUGUAUGGAUUACAACUCUACUAAAAGAUAUAAGGCCCCAUAGUUAGGAAAUCAUUGGAGGAAGAGAAUUUUGAAGUAGUAGACACUACUACUUGUGGAGAAAGUAUUGGAAUUGGCUUAGUGUCUGACCUUGGGGCGAGUAAUGGAUCAGAGUGAGAUUCAUUGGUCUCUGCAGAGAUCAAGGUUGGAGUCUAGGUCUGGGAAGUACUAUUGGGAUUAGAAUCAAUAUUAGAGUGAAGAUUAGUUUGGGUCCAAGUAGUAGUUGGAGGCUGGUACCCCUUUUCUGUACCUUCCCAUCAUAUGUUUUUGACCAGGAUUCUAACUCAGGGUGCUGAGUUUACUCAGGGUGUUAAGGAUUCUGUCUUCCUUAUGUGUCCUAGAGUUGGAUGCAGACUCAGCCCUGCCUGGAUGAAGCCUGCUGGCCUCCAAGUUAGGACCUAGUCAUGGAAGGGUGGAGAGGGACCCCUGGUGUUUGACCUAGCUCUUUUCCCCUAGAUGGCCCACUGCGUGACCUUGGUUCAGCUGUCCAUUUCCUGUGACCACCUCAUUGAUAAGGAUGUCGGCUCCAAAUCUGACCCACUCUGUGUCCUAUUACAGGAUGUGGGAGGGGGCGCCUGGACUGAGCUUGGCCGGACUGAGAGAGUACAGAACUGCUCAAGUCCUGAGUUCUCCAAGACUCUGCAGGUUGAGUACCACUUUGAGACAGUCCAGAAACUACGCUUUGGAAUCUAUGACAUAGACAACAAGACACCAGAGCUCGGGGAUGAUGACUUUCUAGGGGGAGCUGAGUGUUCAUUAGGACAGAUUGUGUCCAGCCAGAUACUGACUUUACCCUUGAUGCUGAAGCCUGGAAAACCUGCUGGGCAGGGGACAAUCACAGUGUCAGCUCAGGAGUUGAAGGAUAGUCGUAUAGUAACCAUGGAGGUGGAGGCCAGAAACCUGGAUAAAAAAGACUUCCUGGGAAAAUCAGAUCCAUUCCUGGAGAUCUUCCGCAAGGGUGAUGGGAAAUGGCACCUGGCAUACAGAUCUGAGGUAAUCAAGAACAACCUGAACCCUACAUGGAAGCGCUUUUCACUUCCCCUUCAGCAUUUCUGUGGUGGGGACCCCAGCACACCCAUCCAGGUGCGCUGUUCAGACUAUGACAGUGAUGGGUCACAUGAUCUCAUUGGUACCUUCCACACCAGUUUGGCCCAACUGCAAACAGUCCCGGCUGAGUUUGAAUGCAUCCACCCUGAGAAACAGCAGAAAAAGAAAAGCUACAAGAAUUCCGGAACUAUUUGUGUCAAGAUUUGCCAAGUAGAAACAGAGUAUUCCUUCCUGGACUAUGUGAUGGGAGGCUGCCAAAUCAACUUCACUGUAGGUAUAGACUUCACCGGCUCCAAUGGAGAUCCCUCAUCACCUGACUCCCUGCACUACCUGAGUCCUACAGGAGUCAAUGAGUACCUAACAGCAUUAUGGAGUGUGGGCAGUGUGGUUCAGGACUAUGACUCGGACAAGCUGUUCCCAGCAUUUGGAUUUGGUGCACAGGUGCCCCCUGACUGGCAGGUCUCGCAUGAAUUUGCCCUGAACUUCAAUCCCAGUAAUCCUUAUUGUGCUGGCAUCCAGGGCAUUGUGGAUGCCUAUCGCCAAGCCCUACCCCAAGUUCGCCUCUAUGGGCCAACCAACUUUGCACCCAUUAUCAACCAUGUGGCCAGGUUUGCAGCCCAGGCUGUACAUCAGGGGACUUCCUCGCAAUACUUCGUGCUGUUGCUGUUGACCGAUGGUGCUGUGACAGAUGUGGAGGCCACACGUGAAGCUGUUGUGCAUGCUUCAAAGCUGCCCAUGUCAGUGAUCAUUGUAGGUGUGGGCGGUGCUGACUUCCAGGCCAUGGAACAGCUGGACGCUGAUGGUGGGCCUCUGCGUACACGCUCUGGGGAGGUAGCUGCCCGUGACAUAGUACAGUUUGUGCCUUAUCGCCAGUUCCAAAAUGCUCCUCGAGAGGCAUUAGCACAGACUGUGCUUGCAGAAGUACCCACACAGCUGGUCUCCUACUUCAAGGCUCAAGGUUGGGCCCCACUCAAAGUACCUCCAGCACCAGCCAAGGGCCCUUCACAGGCCCCCUAGGUCUAGGUUCUGUAGACUGUGGCCAGUCCUCAGCCUUUUGCUCCCAAGAUUCUCUGGACCAUGGACCAAACCUGCACACACUCCCCAGUGCUAGCACUUUAUAUUUGAUACUUUUAUACUAUUGCUAUUGCUGCUUUUGAUCUACCUGCUUUUCCCCAGUACCCCUCAUUCAAUAAAGACAAUUGCUGUGCCACUACUUUUGUGUAUUUGUGGGUGGCUGUUGUUAGCUAUGUUUACUUUGUUUCUCUAAGCUUCAGUUUGUUGAGUGAAAUAGCCCCACCCAAACAAAUUGAGUAUUCCUGGUCGGAUAUGUAUUCAUUCUAGACACACUGACUCUACUUUUUGAAAAUACAAAGUUUAAAAGUAAGCAAACACCUACCCUUCCCUUCCUCAGGUAGAACUGAGCUGGGAACACAGACAAGGUGGAAAAGUGUUAGACCUCAUAAUAGGCUGUAGAGCAUAAGGGAGGGAUGAGUCUAAGGGUGCAGUAAGGGCUAUGCUAGACUUCCUGGGGUAGGAGCAAUGGUAGUUAUGGUCCUAAGGAUAGGCUACAAUCUGGGGUUUGAACUCAGGGCCUCAUGCUUGCUUGGCAGAUGCUCUACCACUUGAGUCACUCUGCCAGCCCUUUUUUG